GACACAGGGAGGCUGCGGAGCCCCGGCACGCGAGCAUGUCGGGCAGAGCAUCUCCCGCCCUGGAGAAGAACGGCAGCAUCGGGCACACAGACGAGGGGAUGGCCGUGAGGCAGCUCCCCAACAGCAUCAGCGUCCAGGGUGUCUCCUACACCAUCAGAGAGCGUAUUGGCCCAUGGUGGAACUUUUCUUUAUAUUGUAAAAAAUGGACCCGGCAAAUACUUAAGGAUGUUUCAUUUCACAUAGAAAGUGGCCAGAUUAUGGGGAUUUUAGGAAAUUCUGGAUCUGGGAAAACAACUCUUCUGGAUGCAAUAUCGGGAAGACUGGGACAUAAAGAUAACUUCUUUGGUGAAGUGUAUGUGAAUGGACGUCAGCUGAAGAGGGAACAGUUCAGAGAUUGCUUCUCUUAUGUGCCACAGAGUGACACUUUGUUAAGCUUUCUCACUGUAGAGGAGUCUUUGACCUACACGGCUUUACUAACUCUUAAGAAGUGCUCCAACAGCUCCAUCAAAAAGAAGGUAGAUGCAGUUAUGACUGAGCUGAGUCUCAGCCACAUUGCUGACAAAAUAAUUGGAAGCCGGAAUGUCGCUGGAAUUUCUGGGGGUGAGAGGCGUCGGGUAUCGGUUGCAGCCCAGCUUUUACAAGAUCCCAAGGUCAUGCUACUUGAUGAACCAACGACAGGGCUGGACUGCCUGACUGCAAACCAGCUUGUCUUGCUUCUCUCACAGCUUGCACACAGAGACAGGAUUGUGAUUCUUACAAUCCAUCAGCCUCGCUCAGAACUUUUCAAGUUAUUUGAUAAAAUAGCCAUCAUGAGCUUUGGAGAAAUGGUUUUCUGUGGGAACCCUAUGGAAAUGAUCUCAUUUUUUAGUGACUGUGGCUAUUCUUGUCCUGAACAAUCAAAUCCUUUUGACUUCUAUGUGGAUCUGACAUCUGUGGACACCCGAAGCAAGGAACAUGAACUCGAAACCUACAGUAGGGUUCAGCAAUUUGUAUCAGCAUAUAGAAACUCAGAGAUCUUUAGCAAAGUACUGGCAGCCAUUGAAAAAACAAAGUAUAUGAAGGAGCUGCCACCAAUACCAUUCAAAAACAAAGACUCACCCAGUGGCUUUGACCAAAUACUGAUUCUUUUACGGAGAACAACAAGAAAUCUCUCCAGAGAUAAGAUAGGCAUCAUCAUGCGUCUCCUCCAGAACCUGUUAUUUGGCUUGUUCAUAGCCUUUUUCCUUCUUAGACUAAGGAAUGACCUGGCCCAGGGAGCUGUGCAGGACCGUGUGGGGCUUGUCUACCAGUGUGUGAGUGCCCCCCCCUACACAGGGAUGCUCAAUGCUGUGGCCCUGUUCCCACCUCUACGUGCUAUCAGCGACCAAGAAAGUAAAGAUGGCUUAUAUAAGAAAUGGCAAAUGCUUGUAGCUUAUAUAGUCCAUUUCCUGCCCUUCAGCGUCAUCAGCGUGGCCAUAUUCAGCACCUUCAUAUACUGGACUACAGGAUUGUAUCCUGAUGGUUCCAGAUUUGGAGUUUUCUUUGCUGUUGUCCUAGCGUCUCACAUGAUUGGUGAACUACUAACACUUGUUGUGCUUGGCAUGGUUCAAGACCCAAAUAGAGUCCAAAGUGGAGUUGUGCUGCUUAAUUCAGCUGGUGUGAUAAUGGGAACAGGGCUAGUAAGGACCAUUGAAGAAAUGCCAACACCUUUGAAACUACUUAGUUUUCUUACAUUUCAAAGAUACAGCAGUGAAGUCCUUGUAGUCAAUGAAUUUUAUGGCUUAAACUUCACAUGUGCAACAAACAAUGAACAGGAAAUGUUCUAACCUAUUUGGCUCAUGGAAUCCAGGCCUGCUGGUAUAAAGAGAGGUUUGCUGGGAUCCACUGAUACAGACUUGCUAAACCGGAAAAAAGAAAACGUAUCAAGUGAGCAUUUAGCAAUCAACAAAAAACCAACACUACUCUAGCCAAAACUAGAGUCUUACUGGGGUUUGCACAUAAAUACAUUUAAAUAAAACAGUACUCAAUUCCAGUGGUAACCAUGUUUUUAAUUAAUUUGUUUGAGGACCAAUACUAAGGAGUUGUCACUGUCCUUAGGAGAGAUAGGCAGCUGAGUCACAGGAGUCCAAGUCCAUGAACAAAAAUCUUUCAGAGAUAAUAUUUAAGAAAAAAAAAUUACUAUUAAAUAUUUUAAUAAUUAAUUUCAGGCACUGAGCAAGACAAUUAAUAGUUGAACAAUAACAUUACCUUUUAUCAUAGCCAAAUGCCAAGUGAUUAAUAAGAGCACGGGCUUUCAGCAGGAGAGCCUCAGAUUUACUGGUAAACUAAAUGAAUCAAAAACCAAAAUAUACAUUAUGAACUUCCAUCAUAGAUAUAUUGCAUUUUGCCAUCUACAAAUAGGCUAGAGCCUUGCUAAUUAAUACCUGACCCAAAUAAAUUUGGUGUACGUUCAAAAAUUGACUAGAAUAAAAAUCUCACAUUCCCUUUCAAAAACAUGAAUAUACUUGGUACUGAAUAUAUAGAUCAAGAAAGAUUAAAAAGUAGAAUAAAUAAAGAUUAAAGAAUAUUUUUUUAAAAUACUGAUUAAAAACUUUUGAAACAUGAACAUUACAAGACACAAAUCUUUUCCCCAAGACUAAGGAGUUAAGAUUUUAAAUUACAUUAAAUAUUAUCCAGAAUACCAUAAACAUUUAGAAAUGUAAUGAAUAACUAUAGAACUGUCAUAAAAACAGCUUCAAAUUGGCAGAAUGGUACAGAUUUAUCAGAAAGCAAUUUUCAGAAUAUAUUCUCAAACAACAUGCUUCUUCUUGUCUAAGGGCUUUUGUAUCCUAACAGAUUCAUGUCUUUGAGAAAGAAGUCCGAUCCCUGCUGUGAGAAAUUAGGUUUCUCCCUCUCAUUUCAAUGACAAUCAGGAUUAAACAGACAAAGAGAUUUAUAUUCUAAUUUUUAAUUACAAUAAUGCUUAAAUACUAAAAAAAUCUCAACCAAGACAGUUGUACUCUCAGUUAACAAAAGCCAGAUUUGGGUGCCAGAGUGAAAAAGCUUUACAUGGAUGCAGAAGGACAUGCUGGGAUUAUAAGUGUUCAAAGUAAACAUAAGUUGUUUGGUAAUCACUAAGCUGCUAUUAAAGAUUAUUUAUUACAUAUAUGAUGAUUGAUACAAUUAGACCCAUCUUCUGAUGCACAGUGAGCCCAAGAGGCAGUGUUAUUGGACUGUGAAUCUCAGCGUGCAUGUUUCUGUCUUUACUCAGAGAAUGAUCUGACAAACUAAAAUAAAUAUUUCUUUGUCCUCAUGUCCUCAUCUUUCUACCCACUUUUGUAAGGAAGCUCCUUUCCUUCUUCAACACCCUAAGUGUAGUAAUCUGGUAUACUUAAACUACUGUGAAAAUGAGCCAAUGAUUUUAAAUCUAUGGAAGCUUGGUCACUUCAUGUAAGUUCAUGCUUCUACCAAAAGGGUCAGUUCUCUAAUUCAAUCUAAGGCAUUCACUUUUGCCCAUUCUCCUUUCUUGCACCAAAAAAAAAAAAAAAUUGCCCAAGAUGCAGUAAACUCAAUGCAGGAACUAAGCUGGCUAUCAGGUAACUGCUGUUCUUUAGUGUUUGUCAAUACUGGGAAUUGUGUAGUUUGCUCACAAGGCAUGUCCAUCCAUCCCCUGCCAGUGCAGUGACUUGUUCAACAGAUAGCCUCUUGAAGAAAGCUACUGUAAAACCAAUGAAAUCCCCUUUUCUCUAGGAGUUUUAUAGUACUAUUUUUAAAAAUAUUGUUUUGUAACAGAAAUACUGUUCAUCUGCUCUAUUCAUAAAUAGAAAGUAAAUAUACACACCACUAAUGACGCUCCAUAAUAAUGUGAAACAAAUCGAAGUGUCUUGCUUAUUAUUUUCCUCAUUUCAGAGUCAAACUCCUGAAAAAGUGGAACAUAGAUGUAGGAAAAAAACCCAAAAUAUUACAGUUAGAACUUUUCUUUUUUUUAUAUAAAUUGCAGUGCACUUAAGCUACAAUAUAUAAGGCUUUCAGCUGUCAGCAUAAUUAUAUCUUAAGACAGAAUCAGUAACAGCCUACUCUAAAAAGAAAUGUCACAAUUUCUCUUUGUUUCUUUUUUACAGAUGAAGCCUAAUUCAGGCAAUAUGUUAGUCCAGGGAAAGUUUUUAAAUUGAGAAUGCACAUUUAAUUUUCAAUUUACUUGUUUGAUAUUGUUUUAAAUUUUUACCAAUAGAAAUGCUGCCUACUAGUAGAAUAAGAUUUUUUUUUCUUUUUGUGAAAAUAUUUAAGUAAAUCUUUGGGUAUAUGCUGUCUAAAUUCUAAUACCUGCAAGAUUUGAAAGGUGCAUCAAAAUACCUUUUCAUCCAUGUCUGUUUCAUCUAAGAUCAUAAAGAUGGUGUUCCCUGGAUAAAAUGGGUGAAAAUUUGGUCCCAGUGAUGCCUGCAGGAGUCAAUCCAUAGACCCCCAAAGGAGUCAGGCUGGCAUUUUGUCCUUAUUACAUGACAGUAGUUUAAAGGGGUCAUGGCUCAGCAUAAAGCUUUGGUAUGAGAGAAGGCAAGUCCCUUAUUAAUAAAGAAUUUAGUAACUCAAAGACUCAGCCAGGUAUCAAGUGCUCUGUGCAGCCGUCCAGAGAAGCACAGGCUGCCAGCACAACUGCUAAAAAUCAAACAUAGUUUCUCAUUAUCAAGUGUAGUUAGUAUAUGUUUGUUAGGGAUUUUUAUGUCCUGGGAGACAAUCCAGCAGUACUAUGACAUUUCCUUCCUCCCCUCCAUAAAAGAUGCAAUUCCUCACUUGUCUCUAGAAACUUGGGAAGUGCUUUAAAAGUAAAGUAUCAGACUGAAACUGCCACAACUAUCAAAAAAAUAUGAUCAGCUGACUUGAGAUACACCCCUCUUUCACUGCCAUAAACUUAGAGCUGCUGUCACAAGGGACAUGUGGAGCUGGAUUUCUCUCAUUAUAAAAGGAAAUCAUCCAUGUGGUUUUCUUGUUGAGACACAAGUUGCUGCAGACCAAAAAGGGAAGCAUUUUCUACAUGCAUCUCAAAAAUCAUCAGUUUGGGGGUGUUUUGUGAAGGAAUGACAGUAGGCCUUCCUUAAUGCUACUGGAUGGAAAGAUUUUUUUUUUCUUUGGUGGUAGAAGACUGGCUUUCCACACUUGAGUUCAAAAGAUUACUGUUGUAUUAGUAAAAUCUUAGUAUAUAGAAUAUUUACUGGGAAUAAUUAUUAAAAAGGUACUUAAGCAUUACUUACAUUAAAAAUAUCGUAUUUGCUUCCAAUUAUCACCAAGGGUAUUGGAAAAGGGUCAACUAAUGCACUGUCCUGUUAAAAGAUAUAGGACAGUUAAGCUCUGUAAAAAAACUGUAGAAGAUUGCAACUAUUAAAGCAACUGAAAGAGAUGGAAAUAAAUUCACAGAAGAGAAGGUUUUCCAAACCUUAAAGUAGAGGAAUCAACUUUAUUGCAAUAUCCAUAUUAUAUUCUACCAUUUUCCCAUUUUCUUCCUAAAUGGUCAGGAAGCAAUCCCUCUGAGCAGUUAGAACACUUACUGGAAUAAAAGGGCUUUUACACUAUAUAUUACAUUAUUACAUGGGAAAGGAAGAGAGGAAAACCCUCAUGUAUUCAUAGAACACCUGCCUGGCUGGAUUAGUAGAACCUUUGACACAUUCACAUUCUUUGGAUAAUAUCUAAAAGAAUGCAGAGAAAACCUCAAGAAAAAUAAAUUGAAUUAUUUGCUUGUGUCACACAUUUGUUCUGCCCAUAUUGUGUUUUCCAAACACUUAAACAAUAUUUAAUGUGAAUUUCAAAUGUUUGAUGUCUGCACAGAAAGGAAAUAUCAUCCAACAAUCUUGAAAAUGUGAAUUAGUAUCAAUGGAGAAAAAUAGGUCUGAGAGUGCAGACUUCUGUGCUAAAUAGCUAAAGUUAGGAGGGAUAAAAAAGGGAUAAAAAUUUUGAUAAGUGAAUUACAAGAAUUCUCAAGUGAUCUGGAAGGGUUUUCUGUAGUCCAUAUGAAAUGAGACAAUGUCCUUGUGUGUCCAAGCAAUUAUUUAUUUAUUCAAGCUGCCUUGGCUGCAGCAGUGCAAGAAAGAUGUGUCGUAGCAGAGGCUGGUCCAACUGCUCCCUCUUAACCCCAGGUAUUUCACAGACAGGUUAAAUGACAGAAUGUUGGCAGAAGCUGCACGUACUGAAAAUCCUCUGCUUGGAGAGGAGAAGUAAUGGCUUCACUCAUACACUGUCAAAGCAAAAGCUUUAAGCAAAACUAGCACAACUUAAAAAGAGUAUAUAGAAUAUAAAACUGAAAAAAAAAAGUUUUCAUUUCAUAACUAAGAGGAAAAAUUUGGGAUAACAUCAGAAACCCUAAAACUAGCAUAUUGAACCCUAUUCAUGUUUUGACUGUGGAAUUUAUUUUCGACUAUGGAGUACUUUAGAUGCAUUCAGUCCUUUUAAACAGGGUCUGCAAUUGAUAUGUUUUAUCAUCAUAGCAAAUAAUUCUUUAGCUAGGCCACUGAAAUAUAUCUUAAUCCUUAAACAUAUAAGUAUUUAAUUGAUUCCUGUUUAUGAUAAAAAUAUGUUUAACCAUUAAAAGGCACUUAAAGAUGUCCAUGAACUAUCAUUAAAUUUGACUAUAAAAGAUAGUAUUUUUUUCUAAUAAACUGACACAAUUUUUCUUUGAACAAUGAUGAAAAUAUGAAGAGAACCUAGCAGUAAUAUAAUAUUUUAUUUGCAUUACUGAUGUCUUUGAUAAUGGAAGAUAAACAGAAAUUUCAGUUCAGAAGGUAAAAUUGUGUUUCCUACAGUGCAAGGAUAACAAGUUUUCUUAACAAAUAAUGGCAUUAUUUUUCUUUAUUGCAAUAAGCUUGUAAUUUUCUGAUAUGUAAAACCCUAUAUGAAACUAGAUACUGUGGUCAUAAUUUAUUGCCAUUUGUUUGUGCAUGUAGGUGUUAUCUUUUUUUAAUUAUCUUCUCUAAAGUAAAAACCAAAAUAAUCCCAGUAUCAAACUCCAUACGCUAAAUCUACAGAGUCCUGCAUAUGUUGCUUUCUCAUAUAUUUUGAGUUACUUUUAAAUUUCUGAGCUCUACAAGCACUUGCUGUAUUGAAGCAUUUUAUAGAAGUUACAGUAAGUAGAUUUACAUGCCAGGUCUUUGAAUUGUUGAAUACUUAUUUAUGCAUUAUAUACACACAACAUUUGCAGAGGUUUAACGCACAAUGACUUUUCAUUUCUAUUGCGCAUAAUCUAGUUUAGCUUUUCCAGAGAUUUAGUUAGCAAUUAUGUUUAAAGGACUGAUGUUAACAUUUCUGAAACUUUAUAAUUUAAUUAGUUGUCAGAUUAUCAAAAGGCAUUGAGUUUGUGAUAGACAUUUAAAUAAAUGCAAAGUAUAUAGUCAUGUUGAUGGCUGUUAUAACUAUAUUCUUUGCUUAAAUUUGUACCUUCAGCUAGUCUCUUGCUAGAUGACUUUUGUACAUUCUAGUUUUCAUCUUCAUUUUAAAAAGAUGAGGGGGGAAAAAAGCAAACUGCUACUCUAAAACUAUUUCUUUUGAUUGGUGUAACAUGCCAUAACAAUCACAUUAGAUAUCUAACAAAAAGAUAUAAGAAACCUUCUUUCCUUGUUUCUGCUCUUAUUGAAUUUUUAUUAAAUUGCUAUAAUUUUCCAGUGAACAGGUUCAUCUACAUCAAAUGGAUUUUCAGUCAUGCAUAAAAAUCUAAAAGAGUUGUUUAUGAUUUUCUAAAGCAUUAUCUUUAACUGUAUAAAGGCCUGUGACAUCUGGAGAAAAUAUUAGAAGUAACUUACAGGGUGAUCCCUCUGCAGAUUGUUCCACAUUCUCUGUUUAAUUUCAGCAGCUACUUCAGGGUUUGUCUUUUCUAGUUUGGUUAAAAUUUUGUUCACGUGGCUUCUGGUGACCUGCAGAAGACUUUCCAUAGUAGUCCAGAGCUCAUUAGGUUUGGAGAGAUCCAGUACCAGAACCACAGCAAAUGAC